AUGGACAACCCAGAGGCCAUGGCAGCUGAGGGAGCUGCCAAUCAAUCAGGGGGCGGGGAGGGCUGGUGUCGGGCUGGCAGGGAGGCAACAAUUGGGGCAGUGGCGGUGACUCAAGGACCACAUGUGUACCUGAAGGAGGUAGUGGUUGAGGAGUUGGUGCGGGAGUCCCGCAGGGGAACGUCUACUUCUACUACUCCUACUCCUACUCCUACUACUCCUACUCCUCCUACUCCUACUUCUACUACUCCUACUUCUACUACUCCUACUUCUACUACUCCUACUUCUACUACUCCUACUUCUACUACUCCUACUUCUACUACUCCUACUUCUACUACUCCUACUUCUACUACUCCUACUUCUACUACUCCUACUUCUACUACUCCUACUUCUACUACUCCUACUUCUACUACUCCUACUUCUACUACUCCUACUACUUCUACUACUACUACUACUUCUACUACUACUACUACUACUUCUACUACUACUACUUCUUCUACUACUUCAACUACUACUACUACUACUUCAACUACUACUACUACUACUUCAACUACUACUACUACUACUUCAACUACUACUACUACUACUUCAACUACUACUACUACUACUUCAACUACUACUACUACUACUUCAACUACUACUACUACUACUUCUACUACUACUACUACUUCUACUACUACUACUACUACUUCAACUACUACUACUACUUCAACUACUACUACUACUUCAACUACUACUACUACUUCAACUACUACUACUACUUCAACUACUACUACUACUUCAACUACUACUACUACUUCAACUACUACUACUACUUCAACUACUACUACUACUUCAACUACUACUACUACUACUUCAACUACUACUACUACUACUUCAACUACUACUACUACUUCAACUACUACUACUACUUCAACUACUACUACUACUUCAACUACUACUACUACUCCUACUACCACUACUACUCCUACUACCACUACUACUCCUACUACCACUACUACUCCUACUACCACUACUACUCCUACUACCACUACUACUCCUACUACCACUACUACUCCUACUACCACUACUACUCCUACUACCACUACUACUCCUACUACCACUACUACUCCUACUACCACUACUACUCCUACUACCACUACUACUCCUACUACCACUACUACUCCUACUACCACUACUACUCCUACUACCACUACUACUCCUACUACCACUACUACUCCUACUACCACUACUACUCCUACUACCACUACUACUCCUACUACCACUACUACUCCUACUACCACUACUACUCCUACUACCACUACUACUCCUACUACCACUACUACUCCUACUACCACUACUACUCCUACUACCACUACUACUCCUACUACCACUACUACUCCUACUACCACUACUACUCCUACUACCACUACUACUCCUACUACCACUACUACUCCUACUACCACUACUACUCCUACUACCACUACUACUCCUACUACCACUACUACUCCUACUACCACUACUAUUCCUACUACCACUACUACUCCUACUACUCCUACUACCCCUACUACUCCUACCCCUACCCCUACUCUUCCUACCCCUACCCUUACUCUUCCUACCCCUACCCCUACUCUUCCUACUAGAGCAGGAAGAGGUACACCCAGAGGAGGUACUGGCAGGUGA